ACAGGACAGGACGACCCCGGAGCUACACGCGCACAAUGGACUGAAAAUCUCCCGGGGCGAGAUCAGUGUAACUUACCUGCAGCGAAACCUCCCGAAAUUACUGGAGAAAACACUAAGAAGUUAAAUCCUCUGAGACACGUUUCACUCUCUGGACGCUCAGGUCUCAUCACAUCUCCAGGUAUGAUUCAGAGGAACGAGGUUGUGCUGUCCGUGCUGCGAGAGCUCCAGGAGGCCACAGAGAGCUCCGGUCUGGAUGCUCUCACCAGAGUGUCCCUGGGGGUGGACAGGGUCCUCGCUCCAUUCCAGCUGCCCAGGACCCCCUGUCAGGAUUUCCCGGAGUGGGCAGGCGUGGACGACUCGGCCCGUGACCUGUUCCCGGGCGAUGCACCCAGAGACCUCCUGCCACUAAACUGCAGCGGAAAAGGCAACUUACUGUUUGAGGCAGUCAGCACACUGUUAGUGGGGAACACAGGACUUAGCUUGGAGCUACAGGUGCGGACUGUCGUGGAAAUGGUGCUGUGGAAGCGAUACUACCUCUCCGGGAUGAUCGAUUCGAAAAUGAUGCUUCAGGCAGUUCGCUUCAGUCUCUCUGCUGAAGAGUCUGAGGACAUGCUCAACUUGCCCGUCACAGUCCUGGAGGCCAUCUUCGAUGCAGACGUCAAAGCGUCCUGCUUCCCUGGCGCCUACGCCAACAUGUGGCACGUUUACGCCCUGGCAUCUGUCCUCGAGUCUAACAUUUAUUCCAUCUAUCCCAUGUUCAACCUCAAGAUCAGGCCCUAUUUCAACCGUGUCAUACGUCCGAGGACCUGGCCCAAAGACUCUCAGCCCUUAACCCUCCACAUCAUGUGGUCUGGCGAGCUGCAGUCCGAGGUCUUGUUCAGGCCAAAUAAUUUUGUCGCACUAGCCAAUACCAGAGACCUCACGUUUGCGGACAGCGAGCCGAGGGAGUCGCCCUGCAAGAGCGAGGAGCAGCAGAACCCGGACUCGCAGUUUUCCUACCCAAGCCUGAAGGACAAGUACAACAUCACCAAGAGGACCUUCUACCGCUGGAAAAGGCAGACGCAGGAGCACUGCAAAAAGUCUGCUUCUAGGUAUGAGGCAAAGUAUUUCCUGCAGGCAUGCUACUUGGAGGGAAGGCUUAUCCCCCUGCACCAUUUUAAGGAGUUUUUCCCAGAGAUCUCAAGGUCGUCUUACUAUAACUGGAAGCACGAGCUUCUGAAAACUGGAGGAACCUUCUCCACCUCGUCUUCUACUGGAGAGAUUAGUCCUGGAGAGAGCACGGAGCAGGAGGCCUGGUCUUCACCUGAAGCAAAACGGGAGGAGCCCGACCACCAUGACAGCGUGGCAAGUAUGUUUGGCCUCGGCCUCGGCAAGCUGGAUGUAGAGCGGGCCCAGAGUUUGGCACACAUGCAGGAAGCAAAGCGCUGUCUACAGAAUUGCAUCGCCAUGAAUGCCUCCCUCCCCUUCAGGGUCUUCAAGAGACAUUUCCCUGGGAUCUCCAGAUCAACCUACUACAACUGGAGGAGAGAGGCCAUGCUGUUCAACAGAGGUUACAAAGGCAGUGUUGCCAGCAGCGAGGACAGCUCAGAUGCUGACAAGAGCCAGAGUCCAAAAAGUCUGUCACCGGUCCUGUCUAACGUCACCCAGCCUAUCUUACCCAGGAUGAGGAUCUACAGGAGACAGCACAUCAGUUUCAGGUUGGCGUACAUGAGUAAAAAGCAGCUCAGAGAUGAUGCCAAACUGCACAUCCAGAAUUCAAAGUGGUCCCUGACCAAGUUCAAGCUCAAGUUCCCGGCCAUGUCCCCUUGUUUUUACUGGCUUUGGCGUAGCAGGCAGAACCAGAAGGAGAAAAUGGCUGCCCAGCGUGCAGAGGCCCUCCCAGUUGGUGUGGAGAGCACUGCAACAGAGGACAAGAUCAUAGAUGCGAGGAUAGAGGCCCCGCCCAUGCUCCCGUUUAUCGAGAGGCCGAGAUAUUUUGAAAGCUCCACUGUUCCCUCUUUUGAUGUCUCGCAUUCAAAACCUGUGCUUCACAGCCAGAAACCAACAGACAAGCAGACGUUUGCGAUGGAUGUUGUGGCGCUGGCCAACUUCAAGGCCAAGGCCAAGCUGUUCCUGCAGCAACGCUUUGAAGAGAAGUCCUUCCCUACGUUCAAAGAAUUCAGGUCUUACUUCCCCUUCACGCCGCGCUCCACGUACUACAUGUGGAAGCGAGCUCUGCAUCACGGGGUGUCACUGAUUCACGGUUAAAUUAAAGUGGUUAUCCUGUAUACAAACACCUUCAGAAGCAGCAUAACUGCUCUGUUGAAACAUUUCUUGGCCCCGCAAACAAGUUUUUUAUUGUAUAAAUACUACCUACACAGUUGCCUCUGUGUUUUCAUGUUCUGAAAAGACUUGCACAAACUGGCUUAGCAUCUAAAUGUCUUGUGUCCCUGUUCUCCCCACCACCGCAGCUGAUUCCUCCCUCCUGGACAUUUGCACGUGUGUGAAAAGAAACUGCAGCUCUGUUUAAACCCUGCAUGUUGCCCUUCAGGCAAAAGGCAGUUCAAAGCUGUUGUUUAGCUGCGUUUUGUUUGAAGCUGCUUCUUCUCCGAUGUCUUUUAGUCCCUGCCAAACAUUGGACUCGGGGACUCUG